AUGAAGAAUUAUGCGUCACACCCACUAUAAUCAAGUGGAAAAGGAAGUUUAUAAGACACUCCUUAUUAUAUGGAGUUAAAACCCAAAAAAAGUAAUUCCAAAAUAGCUAAUACUGAAAGAACAACAGCCAAAAACACAAAGUAAGACUUGUUGGAAUACUUCAAAAAUGAACGAAAUACUCUAGCUUAAGUAACAAAUAGUAUUAAAACAUAACUUCAAUAAAAUCGAUCUAUUGACAAUUUGAUUAGUCAGAAAAGCGACAGACUUAAAACACUUAAUGCCCAAUAUCAAUAAUUACCUUUGUCUUUAGACUAAAGGAUUAAUACAGAUGAGGGAAAUAACAUCAAAAGAUAAAUUCUCAAGGGGAAGAAUCUCUCCCUAGCUACAAUACAAAUGGAAUCAAAGUAGUAGAAGAUACCUAUCAUAUAACCUAAAGUGAAUCAGACUCCUCAAAACAAUCACAAGGUACCAAAAUCCACAGUAGAUCAAUACUUUUAAGAUAUACAAAUAAAAAGUGCAAAACAAUAUAAAAAUAAUCAUUACUUAGACUAUCCAUAAUAUUUUAACAUUAGAGCAAACAAAAAUUCUUUGUUACAAGAAUCUCAAACAUUAAAAUAAUCAAUUGAAUAUAUCUUAACCAAAAAUAAGUAAGAUGCCAAAAUGGCAGUCAAGAGAAUAGACACAACUGAACCACGAUCAAUUAAUCAAUCUAUUCAAUAAAGAAGUGAUUCCAUAAAAAAAAUGAAUAGGGCUGAGGACUCAAAUCAUUUUGAUUCUAAAAAGCAACUAAAAAUUAUAUUAUUUUAUAAGAACCAAAAAUACAACUAUUUAUUCGAUUAUCAAAACAAAACCACUGAUAACUUAUAUAAUUUCUUGAUCCAACAAAUAGCUAGCAUUGAGAAAUCUUUUGUUAAACAAGGAGGAGGCACUGGAUCAACUGAAGAAGAUCACAUUCAACAAGAAAUCAAUAAGGUGUGCCAAUUUUAUUGUGUUUAGAAGAAUGUGCCUUAUGAUUAUUAUCUAAGUCUUUCAAAUUUACCAUUAAACGUCUUUUAAGGAAUAACUCUGUAAUUGUAACCAUUAAUGGCUUAAUCGCCCUCUGGCAAGAGAGUCACUUUAAAAGAUUUCAAUCUUGUCAAAUGUAUAGGUGUAGGUGGGUUUUCUAGAGUAUAUUUGGUGAGGAAAAGAGACAAUGGGAAAUUUUAUGCACUCAAAUUGAUUGAUAAGAAGUUUAUUAUGGAAAAUCAGAAACAAAUUAUAGUUUAGAAUGAAAGAGAUAUAAUGGUGAAGAUGGAUAAUUAAUUCAUUACUCCCUUGCACUUUGCAUUUGAAACUAAAUAUUAUAUUGCAUUUGUUCUUGAUUAUUGUUCUGGAGGAGAAUUAUUCUUCCAUCUAAGAAAACUAAAGAGGUUGAGUGAGUAAGAUGCUAAAUAUUAUUUUGUUGAAAUUUGUAUUGGUAUGGCAUACUUGCAUUCUUAAAAUAUUAUUUAUCGAGAUAUCAAACCUGAGAAUAUAUUAUUGGAUUUGCAUGGACAUCUCUUACUCAGUGAUUUUGGCCUUAGUAAACCUAAUAUGUCUCCAGAAGAAUAGGCUUAUUCUUUUUGUGGAUCACCUGAGUACAUGGCUCCAGAAAUGCUUCUCAAAACGGGUCACAACUAUUUGGUUGAUUGUUAUUGUUUAGGAGCAUUACUCUACGAAUUAGUUACAGGGUUACCACCAUUCUAUUCUCAUAAUACUCAAGAAAUCUAUAACUCAAUCUUGACAGAAUAAGUUCAAUUUCCUCCUUAUGUCCAAAUCUCAGACGAAUUAAAAGACUUAAUUUACUCGUUACUAGAGAAAGAACCCUCGUAAAGAAUAGGAUAGAGUUAAGGUGUAAUAGAAAUCCUUACUCAUCCUUGGUUUGCAGAUGCUGAUUUUGAAGCAAUAGUUAAUAAAAAAAUCAAGCCUCCUUACAAACCACAACCCUUAUAAUAUAAUUUUGAUGAAGAAGAAUUCAAUAAAGGGGAUACAGAGUUUAGAAAAUAAUACAAUAUCAAUUUAUAAAAAGAAUAUACUAAUGACAAUCAAGGCAAUCUCAUUCUAUAAAAUUUUUAUUUCUCAAGAGAAGAUCUCCCAGAAAAAUCAGAACUCAAGUCUAAAAGAUCAAAUGUUAUAAAUUUAAGUCAGCUUCAUUUAGAAGGUGUACCUGAAGAUUAGAAUUCUCCAGAAAGAGUCGGAAUCUAGGCUUUCACAACUGAUCUGAGAAGAGUCUAAAAAUAUUAAGGGAAAUCAGAAGUUUAGGAUGUCUUAAAACGAAAUAACUAAAAUAAUAAUAAAUCCACUUCACUAAUUACAUCUUCUAAGGUAGCUCACGCAUAUUCAAAAACAAUGUAACAGUAAAAUUCACAUCCUGAUUUAAAAACACUUAAACUUAUGAUUGAUUCUACAAAAAUACAGCUUAGUUCUGAGAGAAAUGCUACCUUGCCUGACAACCAAAGUUCCAAAUUUUAAAAUAAUCGAAUCAAGACCGAACAGAUCAAUUAGAUGCUAUAUCCUAAAACUACUACUAAUUAUUAGUUUAAUAAGCAACCUAAUCUUUAGAAAUUGUUUGGGUCUGAUAAAAGAAAAAAAUGA